AAUUAUAUCUUCCCAACCUCCCCAUUUUUUCUCAAGAAAGGGAAAAUUAUAUAUAUUAAAAAAAAAACUUUUUCCAACCGGAAAACUCGAUCGUUGUGGGAGGCUAUUGAAAAUUAGGGUUAGGGUUCCAUUUCUUCGCCCAAAAUAGAAAGGGGGAAGAGAAAAGAAGCAGAAAAACCGUUCCUUUAUGAUUCUUUCUUCGAUUGGAAAGUUUGCUUUGAUCAUCACGCUGUUAAUCUUGGUGGUGCAAUCCUCUGCAGCGUUCCACGGCGACAUCAUGAAGGUUCACCCUGUUCCCAGAAAGCGCAACAUUACUAUUCAGUUCGGCGUCGACGGCGGAAACCCUAUGUCAGAGGCGCAAGCCUUGCUGGGGGUCGCCGGCAAAAAGCUCCGGCGACUCCCACAUGUCUUUAGCCGGGUCCUGGAACUCCCUUUCCGCUCCGAUGCUGACGUGGCGGUGGAGGAAGCUCCUGAUUGCUUCCGCUUCGUGGCGGAAACCGACGGAAUCGGUAACGUUAGGGCUUACACGGUGGAAAUCCACCCCGGCGUGACGAAGAUCGUGGUAAGGGAUGGUGAAUCGGUGGAGUUAUCGCUUGAUCAACUUGAACUUGAUAUGUGGAGGUUUCGGUUGCCGGAAUCAACGCGGCCGGAGCUGGCAAGUGCGGUGUUUGUGGACGGGGAACUCAUUGUGACGGUGCCAAAGGGCGACGAAGAAGAGAAUCGUGAAGAUGGGGAUGGUGAUAGAGGUAUGGGUGGUAGACUCGUGCUUGUACAGUGAUGAAUGAAUGAAUAAUUUUUUUGUUAACACCUUGUUGCCUUUAAAACUUGCCCUUAGUAUGUCAAUUAGAUUUCAGGUCAUUGUUGGAACUAGUUUCCCUGUUUGAUUGUUGCUAUUGUUGAAUCAGAAAAAAUGUAAACAAAAAGAGCUCUUUCUUGAGAAUGGUCUAUUCAUAGCAAGUGAAAUGCUAGCAACAUGCCCCCUUUUUUAACAUACUGAUCAUGUGAUUAUUAAAUUUUUUAAAAUAACAAAGCAUUUGUUUCGUAAAUUGAUGGCUCUUAAAACUUAAUUUGACAUUUUAUAAAUUAAUUAAUCACAUGAAAGUGUGUUGGAGAAAGUAUUUGAAAGAGCAAGUUGUUAACAUUUCUCUUCAUAGCAAUGGCAAAUUUUGGAAUAUAACUGUGGUACAUUCUGAUU